AUGGAAGAGCCAGCGCCAUACGGAGGAUUCAUUGUGAAAUCAAUAGAAGAUGAGAAGGCCAAUGCAGCAGAGUUGGAACAGUUGUCGGUAGAAGUCCAGUAUCAGGGAACAACCCAGCAGAUCCGGCCCGAGGCAUUACACUUGAAUGGGGUAGACAAUUUAUCAACGGAAGAGAUCAAGGCCUACGUCGACUACUACCUCAACUACACUUCAGAAUUCGACAACGAUAAGCAGAAAAUCACCUAUAGUCAAAUCCCGUUUGAGGAUCAGUUGACUUUUCGAGUUGAAUGGAUCGACGAUUCCAAUGUCAAUGUCGUUUUCAAAACAAGCCACGAGAACCGCAACGCGUUGGCACAGCUAAGACUGGAACCAAUGACUAACGAUGCAAAUGAUGUAAACAAAACUAUACAGGAAGUGCUUGCAAAGCCAUACGACCCCAUUGUGGCGUUUCGAAAGAGUCAAAGUUUGGUGAAUCGGUUGGCGCUCGCAAACGGCGAAGCUGACAAGAAAGCUGGUGGGGGUGGAAAUGCGGAUGGAAAUGGAAACGGCAACGGAGAAGGAGAAUCGAAAAUGGACGAAGAUGAAUCGGCGAUAGAGUUGCGUAUCCGACAGUCUUUCCAACUGGAUCGAAAAGUGAAAAAUGCAUCGCAAUACUCGCGAUACUAUUUGAUCCAUGGCGAGCCCGAGAGACAACCUCGUCGCCGCUAUGCACCGCGGAGAAGAGAUACAGAAGAGAAGCAAGAGCAGGAAGAUUUGUUCGCCGAUAAGUUGAAAAAGUCGCAGCCGGUGCAUGAUCGUCGAGGAGAUGACGAUUUGUUUAGGGAAAGAUUAGCUUCCAAAGGACGUGGGCGUGGAGAUGGAGACGACGAUUUGUUCAAGAGCAAGGUCCAAAAUAGAAGAGGCCGUAGAAAUGAUGGUGGUGACGAGGAAGAGGAGGAUUUGUUCGCGGAAAAGUUGAAGAAAAGGACUCGUUCGAGAUCUCCCACUAGACCCAUGGAUGGUACUGGCCACUUCUGGGUGAGAUGA